UUGUCAAGCAUCGACACCUGACUUGUGACUGCAUACAACUUUUCACUUCAAUCAACGCUUAUAAUUAAAAAACGGUAAUCAAACAGACUUAUCGUAUGAUAGGUGAAUGAAUUUAAUACUCGAACACGUGUGAACAAGUGAUGGCAAUCGUGUGCGACCGGUGGGAAUCCGGCUGGCAGACUGUUUAAUCUAUCAAACGCAAUCGGAGCUUCUCUUGCAGCAGUCUCCAUGAAUAAUAACAGGAUAAUAUGUUAAUAUGGCUGUGCAAUCGGACUCUGGAGGGAAGGACGAAGUAAAGACUCAGUUUGUGACACGCGAAGGGACUUACCGCUUGAUGACUUUGUCGGAGUACUCAAGACCAAAUCGCGUGGGUUAUACCAGCGGGUCGGGGUCUUCGCACGUCCGCGUGUCUCUGGUGUCAUUGCCGCCAAGUCCUGGAGUCGGAAACUCGGACUCUCAAAACUCGGACGACAGAAUAUGUUUCAAUCAUGGCAAAGAACUCUAUGUUUACGUGUACAGAGGUGUCAAAAAGGCAGCUGAUCUCACCAAACCUGUAGACAAGAAAAUGUACAAAGGAACUAAUCCUACAUGUCAUGAUUUCAAUACUGUCACAAUGACGGCUGAUAGUGUAUCAUUAGUUAUAGGAUUUUCUACUGGCCAAAUACAACUAAUAGACCCUAUUAAAAAAGAAUUAAGUAAAUUAUACAACGAAGAGAGACUGAUAGACAAAAGUCGAGUGACAUGUAUCAAGUGGGUGCCAGGGUCAAGCAACUUAUUCAUAGCAGCACAUGCGAGUGGACAGCUUUAUGUUUACAAUGAGGAACUUGGCUGUGGUUCAGGUGCACCACAAUACCAGCCUUUCAAGCAAGGCGAAGGCUAUGUCAUUAGUACCUGUCGGGCCAAGUCAACACGCAACCCACUUUAUCGCUGGCUAGUUGGAGAUGGAUCCUGUGUGAACGAGUUUGCAUUUUCCCCUUGCGGGGCCAACCUUGCUGUCGUCUCGCAGGACGGCUUUCUUCGCGUAUUUCACUACGACACGAUGGAGCUUGUCGGCCGGGCGCGCUCCUACUUCGGUGGAUUCCUCUGCGUUUGCUGGUCGCCCGAUGGCAAAUACGUCGUCGUCGGCGGCGAAGAUGAUCUCGUCACGGUGUGGGCGCUCGCCGAGAGACGCGUGGUCGCACGCGGCCAGGGACACCGCUCCUGGGUCUCCGUCGUUGCCUUCGAUCCGUACGCGGUCGGUUUCGAGGCGGAAGCCGGCGAUUCCCAUUGCUAUCGGCUCGGCAGCGUCUCACAGGACACGCAGCUCUGUCUCUGGGAUCUCACCGAAGACGUUCUACGAGCGCGAGGCAGGGCGCCGCUUCCGGCUGCACCAGCCCCUCCCCUCGCCGCUCCAAACGGCACAGUGCCGCGCGCCGAGCCGCAGCGCCGUAAACACAAAGAAGAUGCCGGCUCGCUCACGCAGCGGCUCGCCGGCUUCUCGUUCGGCGACCGGCGCGACGCCCGGCGCAGCGACGGACGCGCGGGCGGUGCGGGGGCCGCAGGUGGAGCCGCGGGAGGGGGAGGGGACGCGCUGCGGCUGAUGGGCACGGCGGCGUGUCCGCGGUUCGACGAGUGCCCGGUGCUGGAGCCGCUGGUGUGCAAGAAGAUAGCGCACGAGCGGCUGACGGCGCUGCUGUUCCGCGCGGAGUACCUGGUGACGGCGUGCGCGGACGGCUGCGUGAACACGUGGGCGCGGCCGCGGCGGGACCGCCCGGAGCGCGACUAGUGCAGGUGCGCGGCGCCGCCCGCCGCCCCGCCCCGCUCGCUCAUCGUGUUGCUGCACGACGCGUGACUGUACCCACUGUCCCACUGUGCGUUGUGUGUGUCUCGGGGAUCUAGUGCCGUGUUCUUUAACGUUCCUGUUCUCGUAAAAGACAGAUAAUAUUAUUUAAGGAACCUCAAUCAGAAACUGAACGCUGAUCGUAUUCCCGUAUUGCAAUAUGACGACAAUAAUAUGAGUUAAACGACAGGCCUCGACCGCCAUUGUCGCCCACCGUCGCUUCGUUCGAUGUGCCGUGCCCCGAGUGACAUACCGACGAGCAUGUCUAGUGCAAAACCAUAGACGAUAAUGUUAAAAAUAAGAAUUGAGAUUUGUAAUGUAUAGAAUUAUAUAUCUAAUUGUAUUGUAUGUAAUAUAAAUGCUCACUUCUGUAAAUAUAGUUGAUUAGAUAAUUCGAGCGAUGUGAUCGCUUUUACGAGAUGCAAAAUAAAAUCGAGUGUUCCUUCAUACCAAUUAUUCAGAGUUAAAAAAAAACUAAAAUUUUCCUCGUUCAUUCUCGAUACAAUUAACGGUAACAACCGAUAAGUGCACCUAGGAUUCACGUUUUAUUUUGCGUCUCGCAAACUAUCGCAGAAGCGCAACGCACUACAGUGCUUUUCUUCUUGUAAAAAUGUUUAUGUGGAUUUUUUUAAACAAUUUAAAUGUUGAUUAUUUAAACGUCUAUGAGACUAGCGGAGUCUGAGGACAUUUUAAAGUCGAGACUCUGUUUUGUAAUUUGUUACUCGGUACGUAAUGCACGGAAGACGGAUCCUCGGGGUGGUCCGCCUGAAACGUUAUUAGAAAUGUUUGACAUUAUGCCACUAAUGCCAAAGUUUGGGGAUGACGUUUUUCGUAUUUGCUUACGUUAUGUCACUUUUACAUUUGUGAAAUUGUCACUGCUCUCUCUUGCUCCUUUUUUUUCCUACGUAUGCUGAUAACCUUGGAAGGCUAUGUCGGCGUAACUCUUAGGUAAGCUCUCGGGGCUCAAUCCAGGAGGCGUUACUAACACUGGCCCUAGCAAGAGCAGUGCUUCUACCAUCGAAUCGGAAACGCGACCCACUGAGAAAUUGCUCUGACAGUAUCAUACACACAAUAAGCCUACACUGUGUCUUAGAUUAAAUAAAACGUCACCGGCUAUGAGAGAAAGGAAAUGUGUGCUCGCACCUUCUCUCUUGCUCCUACAGUAAUAUACGAAACGUAACUCUCUCUUUCUAUCUUCACUAACUUAUAUCUCCCUCUCAACUUUCGUUCCCCUUGCCUGAUCACAAUUUUCGUAACACUCUCGACACGCAUUCACUCUUACUCCCCAAGUCAAGCGAGAGUAAAUAAAUUUUACUUCAAAAAGUUGUGGAAUAUUUAGGUUACAUCCAUUAGCGUCAUGAUGACAUAUGAAUGAUUGUGUUGACGAAAUGAAAAUAGUUCAGACUUAUGGUAUUAGUGGCAUUAAUAUACAACUUACAAAAAAAGCAGAACAAAUGAAGCUUUUUUUGAGGACUUACAGAGUGAUUACUUCGAAGAUUCCUUUUACGUGUAUUGAAAUUCAGACACUAGUAUAAUUAGAAUGUAGUUUACAGAAUUUUUAAAUUACCGAACAAGAAUCCGUGUUCGGUUUCUGUAUCGCAUUUAAGUUGAGUAUUCAUAUUCUGUGAAAGUUAAUGAAAUCGUUAUGAAGAGCAGAAGCGGUUUUUGUUGUUUUACUCGUCCGACCGGACAGCCAAAGGGAACGUAGCCCAUACAGCCAAGUCUCGAUUCGAAUGUAGUCUUCUAUCAAUGUAGAUUUUACUACUAAACAAAAAUCUUUUUAGGAAAUAUUGACAAGUCCCUCAAUUUUAUAUACGAGACGAGUUUUUAUACGACAUUCCUCCUGUGUUUCAAGCAUACAACUUAACUUUUGCGGGUUUAUUCUUUCGAUUAACUUCCUAUUUAUUUUAUUUAUGCUACAGUUUCUGGCGUUUUGAAUAGUCUAAUAAUUCAUAUAAUAAUUUUCUUAGUUCCUGCAGACUUUUUGUGGACAAAUUGAGCAAAAUAUGCACGCGAAUAAUAACUUCGGGUUAAGAUUCUAAACUUUUUUAAUAUUUGUGCUCCGUACACUUUUCUAUCUAACAUAACUGGAGUAUUUUUCAUUUCUGAUUGUUAGAUUCCAACUAUCGAGUUGUAUACCUAUAUCUAAAUUACAAUGUCGUCAUUUAAAAAAAAUGCUGAAGAAUACUUCACUUACCUUUAUCGGUUAGUAAUUCAAAUACUCGUAGUACCAGGGCCAAAAAAAAUUUUACACAUUUUUUUCAAAUUUCAGUAUUGUUUUUCAAAAGAAAAUCGUUCGUACGCCUUAAUGUAAAUGUAAAAACGCAUCUUUUAAUUCGAAAUUUAUUUAAACCUGAGUAUUCAUCAGUGAAACUUACUUCAAACACAAAAUUUUAUUUAAUAUAUUUAUAUGUAUAUGUGUUUCGAUAAAAAUAUUGAAAUUUCGACUGUUAAUGUACAGUGGACUUUAUGUUUUCAAAUUUGUUACAGCAAUUUGAACGUUCAAUAUAACGUCUAUAUUGGACGAUACUCAGUGUGCUUAGUGCGAGUUUUUUAACGUUCUCGAUAACGUAAAAGUUAAUUCAAAUUUGUAUGGAGUUGAAACGUUUGUCUACGUUUGCCGCUAGGGGCGCUGUUCCGACUGCAUACAAAUCUGAGUUAACUUUUACGCUAUCGAGAACGUUAAAAAACUCGCACUUAGUACACAGAUAACAGAAUGCAAAUGUAUCGUUUGUAUGAUAGUCUACAAUGGUCUGCAUUAAGUAAGGUCUACAUUAAGGUGUCAAGAGUAACGUGUUCAUCAGAAUUCGAGAUUACAUUGUCUAGUCUAUGAAAUGAAAGUCGGGUUUAUAGCUAAUAAUGAUUUAAGGCUGACAAAAGAAAUCAAUAAGUCAAACGGACUAAAUACAAAACUGUCUUACUUAGGCUCUCCGCGCACUAGGCAGCCUGGCUACGGCAACCGAAAUAUUUGAGCAGCCAGUUAUAGCAGCCAAUCGACGCCCAUUUAUGAUCCUUUCGUCAAGCGAUUUGGACUUUAUCUCGUAAAAAACGCAAAGCAAAGACAAUGGAUUCAUCCUCUUUUUCUAGAACGGCAUUCAAAAGGCUUAUUCUGUAACAGUGGCUCCCAAACUUAUUUUGUCUACUGCCCACUGUGAGAAUAUAUUAUUUUUUAGCGCCCACAUUUAUUAUACCUACUUAAAAACCGCUAUAGCGAGAGCUCAGUCGUGUCUAAGAGUUCCUAGAUGAAAUUAAAAAUCAUCUUCCAAGCCUCUACACAACGCCCCCAUUUUUUUCUUGGUCCCUUACCGCCCCCCAUUAGGCCUACAGCACCCACAAGGGGGCGUUAUCGCCCACUUUGGGAAAGACUUCUAUAACUAUUUUAAAGAUGUCAAUACAUACUCAGACCGGUUUUUUUAAAUACAAGAGAUUCUGCAAGCAUGCCGUGUCAUAUAACUAACAUUUGACAAAACGAAUAUGCAUUGGCUGCUACAGCAAGUGUGCGGGGACUGAUAGCAGCCACAUACAUUCGUCAACACCCGCUCGCUGUGGCUGCGCACAGCCAAUUGGCUGCCCUAGUGCACGGGAAGCCUUAGUGUGUGUUUAGUGCAGUCUAAAUUUUCACAGUUUUUAAGUUUCAUUGCGAUGACGUUGAUUAUAAUAGUUUUAGAUGUUAUAAAGAAUGCGUAUCGAGGGAAUCUAAUUUGAAAUAAAAAAAUCAGUAAAAUUCGUACCGGUACCUCAUAGAAUUUGUAGUAAAGGCAAAGAAAUAUUACGCAAUCAUUGAAUAAAUAAUUAAAUUAAUAUUAUUUUAACGUUUUUAUUACGUAUGGGUAAAUCUAAUUUCAAUGUUUCCGUAGAUUUAUAGACUGAAACGCAAAAAUCACAUUGCUAUCGUUCACUAUCAGACUGUGACUUAAGGCAAAUAAAUAGCAUUCUAUCGCGUUAAAAAGCGCGUUCUAUUCGUUUUCACAAUCUUAACACUUUGGCUGCUGUGUAGGUCACUGGCGACCUAUGUGGCGCAUUGAUUUCUUUUUUUUUCCUACCUAAGCUGAGAGCCUUGAGAUGCUAUUUCAGCGUAACCUUAACUAGUAGGUGAGCUCACGGGGCUCAAACCUGACGCCGUUGCUAACACGAACCCUAACAAGAGCCGUGCUUCGCAGAAUCUACCACCCGAUCGGAAACGCAACCCACUGAGAAGAUCCGCCGAAAAACUCAGUGGGCUGUGUCUGAGGGUUAGUUUACUCGUCGAGCCCUUCGUCGCAAGCGACGGAUUCGACGAGAACGAUGACCGGUGCUUGAGGCACCUAAAAGCAUCGUUAGUGGAUCGGGAGGAAGCGCAUUGAAGUAAUGAUGCAGAUUUCUGUUACUAAGGCGCCGGAACAUCUAGUAAAGAAUGGGAAAGACGAAUCCGAAGAUACUGAGAGUGAAUCUAUUUCUAAGAUACCUAAAAGACUAAAAUAUACCUUUUUGUUAUUUUUAUUUAUUUAUUGCUUAGAUGGGUGGGCGAGCUCACAGCCUACCUGGUGUUAAGUGGUUACUGGAGCCCAUAGACAUCUACAACGUAAAUGCGCCACCCACCUUGCACCCACCACGAUUACUGGUGGUAGGACAUCUUGUGAGUCCGCGCGGGUAGGUACCACCACUUCUGCCGUGAAACAGUAAUGCGUUUCGGUUUGAAGGUUGGGGUAGCUGCUGUAACUAUACUGAGACCUUAGAACUUAUACAUUAAGAAACAAAAGAAUAAGAACAAUAAUGGCAAAGUUGGGCAAUUCAGGCGCUUAGUAACAGAAAUCGACAUAAUUACUCCAGUGUGCCGCGUAGGGAAACUGAUCAACUACAUGGCAGUCGAAGGGUUAAAAAUAAACGUUAGUUCCACGUGGCCUUAUAAUUGUUAACUUUUAAAAUAGUUUUUAGCGGUUGCACAAUCGUUCUUUAAGCUAAUAAUAUAUUACAAUUUUGGACACAAACUUUGUGCUGUUUUAUCGAUAUUUUUGGUUAGGAACUGAUUAUGUAUGUUAUUAUAUUGGAAAAUGAAAGAAAACGCGAUUAGGGUUUAAUGCAUUUCAAGAGCUAUUCAUAAAUAUGUCAGUGUAAAAUAAUUAAUUGUCGUGGAAUUUUGAAAUCGCAAAAAAGGAAAUAUUUGUAGGCAGCGGCUUGGCUCUGCCCCUGGCAUUGCUGAAGUCCAUGGGCGACGGUAACCACUUGCCAUCAGUUGGGCCGUACGCUCGUCUGCCUACAAAGGCAAUAAAAAAAAAACUCGUUUCUAAUAAUAUUAAUUUUUUUGCUGGCUGUACCGGGUCGUUAAAGCAUCAUAUAGAUAUAGCGUUGGUUAUAUAGAUAGAUAGAGAGAUACAGUUCGUUCCUAAGAAGAAACAUCCGAGGUACAUUGUUGUUGGUGAAACUUAACAUUUCUACAUUAAUAGGUUGCGCUUCUUUAAUGUAUGGUUUAUCUUGGUAGGGUCAUACCAUUUUCUUGGUAAAAGUUGAGAGAAGACUUUAUUGUUGUAAUACAGCUGUGGAGAGUUUUGGAUAAUCACUUUUAAUCACGUCAUCCACCUUGAGAUAUAAGUUCUGAGAUCUCAAGUAUAGUUACAAAGGCUGCCCCACCCUUCAAACCGAAACGAAUUUAUGCUUCACGGUAGAAGUAGACAGGGUAGGUGGUAGGUACCUACCCGCGCGGACUCACAAGAGGUCCUACCACCAGUACAAAGUCUUCUUCGGUCGAUCUCUUCCCCCUCUACCUUGCAGUACCAUUUCCAUACAUAUUUCGGUCUGUUGACGAUGGUGACGUGUAGAUACCUUCGCUGUUUUGUUUUAGCUUUCCGCCCGCGUUGACUGCACUUUAUAUCGCAUUGGUGGGGACCCACGAUGAGUAGUGGGAUAAAAGGUAGCUUCUACAAUUUUCACGAACGGACGUCCUCGAAAUCGACUUUGGUUUGUAUGUUAAAACGUAACAUACAGACAGACAGGGCUACUUCCGUAAUAACAAUAUAAUAUUAUUAUUAGUUAUCGAACUUCUAACAACAGUAUCAAAGUACAUUCCAACUAUGACGAUAACUUUAUUGUAACAUUCGAUUUUAAUUAAACAACCUUAUGUUAUCUAAAUCGAUAUUUAAUUUUAGAGGGAUGAAAAUUUAUUUGGUUUAAGCGUCAUUUUUGCAACUUUACAAGAGAGCCAUUUAAAGUUUAAAAUUUUGGAAAAAAUAUAUCUAACAAAAAAAAAACUUCCUCAACUAUUUGAGUGUGGUAACCGUAAUUGAAGUUCAAUUAUAACACCUAAUUUUUUAUUCUAAUACCAACUAAAAGGGAUGUUUAAUUACAAAGAUAAAUGUCGUGUAUUAACUAAUAGUCUUUCAUCCCUCGAUAUGUUUAGGUACCUGUUGAAUAUGUAAUAAUAAAUAUGAAAAUUAAUUAAGUAUUCCCGAAGAUUUGCACGAAAAUAAAUCUUUACUUAACCUUUCAGCCCUUUCUUAUUACUAUUUUGUUUUUCAAUGUACCGACAUAGCGGAUUUUACUCCUUUUAAUUUAUUAUGUAUUUAGGUAGCGGAUUUGCGAUACAUCAACACGAUAAAAAGACAUGUUUUGUUAAUUAAAUGAGUAAAUUAAUA